AUGGCGGACUCCAAGUCGUCUGAAAAAGAAACUACAUCCCCUGCGGGCGAGUCUCUCUUGUCGCAACCCAACUCCGAUCCCCAAGGCCAACUCACCGCGGCAGUCGACGAACUCCUCCACCAGCUCCAGAGCAAAUUCGACAACGUCUCGCAAGAGAUGUUCGGGAAGCUGGACGACAUGACCAGACGGCUCGACGAACUGGAGGCGUCGUUGACGACCUCGUCCAGCGACUCAGCCACGACGACACCAAUGAAAUAA